AUGCCGCAAGCUUCAUCUUCUUCUUCCACAAUUCAAGUUGUUCAACCCAAGCAAGCGUUUGUGGCCAUUCAUGAUGAAAAUUUACUUUCCGAGCUUUCUUCAUCCCCUUCUUCUUCAACAACGAAUGGUACUCAUUCGGAACCAUCCAACAACAAGUUAUUAGAAAAGGUGAAUAAAGUAGACCCUCAUUAUGUUCCUCAUUUACAAAACCACCAGACCAAACAACAUCAUCAAAAACAUCUUUCCGAUGAGCAUACAGAGACUCAUCCACUCGGGGUAGCUACCUAUUAUACUCCUCAAAUAAUAACCGAUGAGGAUGAUGAAGAAGAUGAAGAAGAAGAAGCAAUGUUAAGCCAGCACCACCAUGAUGUUGAAAAUGGUGUGGUGGUGUCCUCACCGCGAUAUCAAACACAAGAAAUUGACAAUUUUCAUCAAGAACGAAAGAAAUUCAUCACACGAAAAUUGUUUGAAAACUUUUCAUUACGAGAUUUAAUUGUAAAAUGGAGAUAUUCAAUUAUUUAUUCUUUGUAUUUAUUAAUUAUGAGUGGAUUGGCAGCAUUUUUGUUUGCAUGGGCUAUUUAUAAGAGAGGAAAAAUUGAGGAAAUUUGGUUUUUAGCUCUGGAAGGGUUUUGUACAUUCGCUAUUGUAUAUGAAUGCUUUUUGAGUAUAUUCCUUUAUCGAAGACAUUGGUACAAGAGAAUCAUUGUGUGGUGCAAUAUUUUUGUUUCCCUGGCUGCCAUAGUCAUCUUUUCGUUAUUACUUUAUUGUUUUAUUGAAAAUCAGGAAAAUUACUUUUGGAGCAAUGUUGCAUUUGCUGAGGAAGUUCUCAUUGGUUUUCAUUGCACUGUCAAUGCUCUCAGAAUUUUUAUUUAUAUUUUGCAAAUUCGACGAGGCAGAACAAUCAUGACCAAUAAUCCAAUCUUUCUUGACACCAGUACUCCAACAACAACUGGCCAAAAUGAAACAAAUGAAGAAGGUCAAUCUACAGAGCCCCAACCAACACAGUACUCUUAUGGAACAGUUUCUAAUGCAAAUUAG